AUGCCGCUCAGGGCCAAGGGCGGCCGCGUCAGCCUAGGGCGCGCCGAGGUCGGCCGGUCCCUGCUGGCACGCGACGCCUUGCCGUGUCACGAGCUGCUUACCGUGCCGCUCGGCCCCACAGGCGUCCGGUCGCAGCGCACGCCGGGGCGCUGGUCACCCGAGCGGACCGGUGAUGAACAAGAGCAGCGAGUACUGGUAUUACUUAACCCAAAAUCUGGUCCAGGCCGAGCUAGAGAUGUCUUUCAGCAGCGAGUUGUACCUGUAUUUGCGGAGGCAGAGAUACCAUUUGAUCUGCAUGUUACUAAGCAUGCUGGGUACGCCAGAGAUUUUGUGAGGUCUAGAGAUAUUUACCAAUGGCGUGCAAUUGUAGUAGUUGGAGGAGAUGGGAUACUGUUUGAGGUAAUUAAUGGCUUGUUUGAACGACCAGACUGGCAGCAGGCAUUUAAGGAAAUUGGUAUUGGAAUUAUACCCUGUGGUUCUGGAAAUGGCUUAGCGAAGACAAUAGCUUAUAUACAUGAGGAACCAUUUGACCAAAACCCUGUACUCAUCUCUACACUGAACAUUAUAAAAGCCAAAAAAGUACCCAUGGAUCUUGUAAGAGUGGAGACAAAGUCACAGAUAAUGUUCUCAUUCCUAUCUGUUGGGUGGGGAUUGCUGUCCGAUAUUGAUAUUGAAUCGGAGAAGCUGCGAGCUAUUGGAGGCCAGAGGUUUACUGUAUGGAGUGUGGCUAGGCUAAUAGGGCUGCGGACUUACCGUGGUCGUCUGUCAUAUGAGCCAGUUGAAGAUGGCCUGUCAGAUGAUAAGAACCGCAUACGACCCAGUGAAGCACUUCUCACACGGAGUUCAAGCCAUUAUCCCACUGAAACAGUCUCUACAAUGAGAGAACACACAAAUGGUGUCCCUUCUGAAGGGCGUCUGCAGGCCAUGCAUGCCAGUCGGAGUUUUGAUUUUGGUGCGCUUCCUGAUGAUUUCCUGGAUGAACCAGACACUCUCACCGAUUCUCUUAGCUUGGAGACAGCGGUGUCUCAGGGCAUGAGUGACCUGGACAGUCCGGGAUCAACAAUGAGGCCACGUCUAGACAGCUAUUACUCAGCAAAUUCACGCUACAGUGCAUACUUUUCAACUGCAGACUCAAGUUACCGAUCUGUGGAUGUGACAAUAGCAGGUGACGGUAGCCCGCAUGUUGUAUAUGGACCACCUUCACGUUUACCAGCCCUUACACAGCCAGUGCCAUCACACUGGAAGACUAUUGAGGGUGAUUUUGUCUUGGUGCAUGCAUCAUACCAGACACACCUUGGCUCCGACUGCCUCUUUGCACCCAGUUCUAAACUAGAUGAUGGUAUUAUCUGGCUGUUAAUUAUUCGUGCAGGAAUAACGCGUACACAGUUGUUACAAUUCUUGCUUGGUCUUUCAUCAGGAAGUCACUUGUCCUGUCCUCGGGCAGAAAUGAUUCCGGUGACAGCAUUCCGCCUUGAGCCUGAGUCUACUCGUGGACACCUGACAGUGGAUGGUGAACUUGUGGAUUAUGGUCCUGUGCAAGCAGAGCUUAUGCCAUCACUGGCAAACAUUAUGUCACGUUGAUGAGGCUAGCCAGGUUACUGCUAUUCUGCCUUAGGUCUUCCUGUAUGUAUUUCCAUGGUUACAGCAUUCAGGAAGGAAUGUGUUUUCAGUCGGAGCUGUUAUUGCAGCCUCUUUCCAUUUCACUAACUGAAGCUGCGUCUGUAUGAUAAACCAUUCACCAUUUGCCCAGUAUUCUGUGUAUUGAGACUGAUUGUUUGCUCAUUUGAGUACAUAACUUCUGUACAACUUGCCUCUAAAAAGCUACACAAUUUGUGUAGAAGUAUGAAACUUGCCCUAAAAAUCUGCACAACUUGUGUUGAAGUAUGUCUUGCCUAUGUUGCAUGUGAAUUUUGUAUUUUAAAGAGAAGCACAAAAAGUUACAACCAUGUUGUAUGCAAACAAUGUAAGGUGCUAUUUUAACAAAAUAUUUACCAAAGAGGUAAGUGGAACAUUCUCUAGUUGUCUGCAUCACACAGUGGAAUGCAACAGUUCCACAGCCUUUUUUGUGGGUGCAUUGUGGCUACAAUUAUCAUGUUUUCAUGGUUGUAGAAAAUUUAUGUGCUGUUUAGUACUGGCAGUCUGAUAAGACACACUUCUGUCUCAACGCUGCUGUGAAUAGUACAACCUCAUACUUUGUAGAGUGCAGAUGUCCACUCCAAAUUAUUUUUCAUUUUUUGACUCCAGACAUAUUACUGUACAGUCCUACAUUCAGUAUUUUUAAAAUUCCAUUGUGGAUUUAGCUUUUAACUGUGUAGUAUCAAAACUCUGUCAAAACUAUCUUGGAGUCUAAUUAUGGCUUGGAAGGUAAUAUUUGUAUUGUUUAUCCAGACCGAAACAGUAAACGAUCAUAGUAGGGUUUUAGUAAUUUGUGAAAUUAAAGACUAAACAUAGUUACAUAUUACCCCCAGUUUUAGAAGAGAUUUGCCAUGUUAGAUUUAUCAAAAGUUCCUUUUCUGUUAAUGGGAUCUCUUCUUACAGGAUUUGUGAAUUUGUUUCUUACUUAACUGUGUACGAAGAGUACAAGGAACUCAAAUGCUGAACUUUUGAUACACACUGACAUGGCAAAUGAUGCGAGGGUCUUGCCAUUUCCUGUUUUCUGUGCAGUCAUUGUAUGUUUGUUAAAAUGUGAGCAAGUGCCAGGUUAUAGGUACACUUAGUACUAUAACAGUAUUUUAGCAUUCUUAAAUAAACAGUAUAUUUGUAAACCAUAGUAAAAUCUACUGCCUAUGAAUAAAAAUCAAACACAAAUUGUACGGUAGUUUUACUGCAGAAAUUAAUCUGCAUGUAAAGGUUUGCAUUGGCAAUAGUCCAUUUCAAGGAUGUUUCACUUCUAUUUUUAUGUGCUUAAAUCAAGUCAACAAUGCUGCAGAGUGAUUCUUUACAAACUUGAUUAAUCAUUUAAAUAUGGUGCUUUGCUGAUAUUGUUACCCAGUUUUCCUCAUAAAUGCACUGUAAAUAUUUUUGCUACAUUUAAUUUGGACCUGUAUUGGUCACUGGGCUGUAUAUACUGUAACUGUUUUGUACAAAGAACAUGCUUCAUACAUUCCAUCCAAGUGUUUAAAAAUUUUAAAGUGUGUACAUUUUUAAUUAUAAUAAGCAUAAAAUGAGUUACUUGUUCAGAAUCUGCUAUUUUUCCCAACAAUAUGUUGUAACUUAAUGUUUUUCAACUUGCCAAUACAUCUUUAUGUAGGCUAUAAUAUGUGAUGAUUUAUCAGCACCUUGGAUUUUUAUUCACAGAGUUUUGUAUUUUAUCUUAAGCAAAGUAAAUAUAGUUCCUAGGGAGUAGCAGGAGAAUAAUGUAAAUUGCAAUCAAACUUUUAGUCAUUCUAAAUGUUUACAAAUCUGUUAAUGCGUUGGUUGUUGUGGUGGCUGCUGAUAGAUUCUUGGUCAUGGAAUCAUAAAAAAGGCAGUAUUUUAGUGUCACAAACUUUGUAAUAAAAUAGAAAGACUGUACUUACUACAAAUGGAAGUCAUGACAGAACUGCCAUGAAAACUGAGGUAAACAAAAAAUUGCAAUAGAGAAGCAAUGAAUACAUUUACCAGAACCAUAAAAAUAGAAACAGAGCAGAAGUCUAGAUAUUAAAGGAGAAAAAUAAGUCUUUCGGUGACAUAGAGAGCUAGAAAUAUCAGAUGAUGUCAUGGAAGAAAUCAAAUGUUUUAUUUCAUUGGACCCUGGAAACUAUUAAAUACUUCAGUUGUUUCCCAAUUUUUCUUGCUAACUUUUGUAGACUGGACUUUAGUCUUGGACACUCAAGAUCAGUCACUGGUUCUUAUCAUGUUGCUGUCAUGUGCUGCACACUUUCUACUUUUUUAAUAUGUCAAUUAUCCUGUAUAGUGUAAUUUUUAUAUUUGACUUUUAAUAUUCAAUACUGUGUAUAUAAUAUCUACUAAGACAAUUUAUAUUGUUAUUAGUGUUGGACACUCCCUAGUCUGAGCUGGAAUACCCAAAGAAAGUCUUAACAAAACCAGUCUCUGAAAAAAAAAAAAAAAAAAAAUUCAUGUUGGACAAAAAGUACAGCC